AUGAGGCUUUGCUUGUAUCUCGUUCUCAUUGCAGCAGCGUUUGAAGAUACUCAUAUUCUCCGUAAAUCAUUUUUAUUCCCAGGUGUCCUGUCCCAGGUGCAGCUGGUGGAGUCCGGAGGGGAUGUGAAAAAGCCCGGAGACUCUCUCCGCCUCUCCUGCAAAGCCUCCGGCUUCACCUUCAGCAGCUACUACAUGGGCUGGGUCCGCCAGGCUCCGGGGAAGGGGCUGGAGUGGCUCGCCCGGAUUCACGGCUCUAGCAUAUACUACAGUGACUCCAUAAAAGGGCGAUUCACCGUCUCCAGAGAUGACCCCAACAGCCUGUUGUACCUGCAAAUGACCGGCCUGAAGCCCGAGGACACCGCCCGCUAUUACUGUGCGAGAGACACAGUGGGGGGAAUCCCGAUACUGCUAAUACAAAAACUCAAGCUGCAGAAUCUUCUUUCUCCCAUGCGCCGCACGGGGGCAGCACUUCCCCGAACAAUCCAGCCCUGGGCACAGGAACGGGAGCUACAACCAGGGCCGGUUCUAACUUUUUUGCUGCCCCAAGCAAAAAAGAAGAGCGCCGCCCUGCUGUACCCCCGUGAGCGCCGGGCUGCCGAAACCCCGCCCCUGAGCACCACGCCCCCCGAAGCCCCGCCCCCGAAUGCUAUGCUGCACAAAGCCCCGCCCCCUUCAAGCUCCGCGCCCCCGCCUGCGCUCCGAACGGCGCACUGCCCCAAGCCCCCGCCCAACUCCGAGCGCCGCGCCAGCCCCCGCGCACCACAACUCCCGAAGCCCCGCCCCUGA